CAGCCAAUGUGGUCUCGGUGGGGAGCUGAGAUGAGCGGGUCUUAGGAGAGGGGCAUGUCCAUUCUGAAGCUGCAGGGGGCGCUGCUGCUGCGGGGCACAGAGAGCCUUUGGAUCAGAGUGAGGAAUUAUUCCUCGGCCAGGGCGAAGGAAGAAGCCAGAAAAAGAUGGGUGUGUGAACAAGUAGGGUUGUUGGAAGUGCUGGAGGCGAGAGUGAAGCAGCUGAAGGCCGAAAAUGUAUCGGAGGUGGCGGUCGGCGAGCUCCAACGCUCUCGCCUGCGCAAGGUCGGCUCCCUCCCGCCCGCCCCGCGGAAAACGGCCAGCUCGGCUCGGAACGAGAGCGCCCCGAAACGCGAGGAAAAGAACCAGCCUAGCCGCUGGAUCGAGAAGCUGAAGAAGGAGAAGUCGAUGAAGCACAAACGCCUUCUGAAAUUGGAGGCCAAACUCUCGGCUGCCGUCCCGGGCGACGCGGCCGAGCCCGUCCUGGACUGGACUGGGCGCUGCGCAAAGGAUGAGGCUUUCUCCCUGAGGUCUCCCGCUAAAGAGACCCGGGCGAAGCUCAAGGGGCGAGCAUCUAAGUCGCAGCAGCCCAGCAACGACGGCCAGCCAAAGAAGAUGGCCAAAGUCUUGAUCGGGACGCAGUCUCGAGAUCCUCCCGGGAGCUGCGAGGAGUCGAGGGAGCCCUUUCGGGUCUGGGACACCGCCGAGGGGAUGCUGCCCCUGGACGAGGAAGACGGGAACCGGCACAUGAAUGUCAAGCUGAGCAUCCUGUCGUAUCUGGACGCUUGCCUCUUUCUCGGUCAGCCCGAGAGGGCCCACCAGUGCCUGAUGUUCUAUCACCGCUCCCACGCCCGGAGGAAGCGGCUCGACAUCCGGAUGUACAAUCUCGUUAUGCAAGGGUACGCUAAGAAGGGCCUCCUGACACAGGUUGGCAGACUCUUCCACCUCCUCGAGGAAGCUGGCUUGAGGCCCAACCCGGACUCUUACGCCGCUGCGCUCGCUUGCAUGGGGCAGUGUGGGGCGUCUCGCAACAUCAUCUCCAGAUGCCUUCAGCAGCUCAAGGAAGACGGCUUUCAAGUGAAGGACCUCUUCCGGGACUCUGGGUUCGAGGAAGACUGGAGGAAGAUGGUGCUGAAAGCCGUACGGAGGGUUGUGGAAGACUUCCGGCCCCCGCCUCCUCGCCCUGCCGAAAUCUGCACUGUUCCCCUACUCCGGGACUUCUACGCGAAGGGGAAGCCCGUCUCCUACCCCAAGCUCGAUUUCACGGCGCAAGAAUUGCGGGACCAGUUCCGGAAACAGCUGGCGAUGGAGGCAUCAGACACGGUCACCAUCGACUCCGUGGAGGCGGCCAAGCCCUUGACGGAGGAAGCCGGCAGAGCGCGGAGCCUGCUGUCCGCCCUCCGCAGCCGCUGGCACGCAUGUCUCCUCCAGAGCCUGCAGGAGUCAAAGCUGCACCUGGCGCAACGGAAAUCGGGGCAGCUAAACCUCUACCCCUUCCUCUGCGUGCUGAAAGACGAAGAAUACGUGGACAUCCUCAUGCGGAGCGUCAACAACCUGUCGCCGCAAGGGGAGUCUCUUCUGGUGCUGGCGAGGGAGCUGGGCUCCAAAGUCUACAGCAAGUUCAUGCUGCAGAAGAAAUCCGGGAGCCGCUUGGUGGAGAAGAUCCAGAGGCUGUACGACAAAUACGUGCAGCUGCUCGCGAAGGACACUCAGCCGGACGGCUACCUGCCUCGCGAGUACUGGGAGAAGCUGGCGGCCGAGGACGGCUGCAGCCCCUCGCUGGUGUGCAAGGAGCACACCUGGCCACACGCGCUUCUCGUGCAGCUGGGCCUGCACCUGGUGGAGCUGCUGGUGCAGGUGCUCAAGAUGGAGAGCAACCUCUUGAACCCGGGACUGGAGCAGAAGCUCAUCCCCGUCCUCUACCACGUCUACUCGUUCCGCAGCGGCCGCCAGGUGGGUUUCAUCAGGCCUCACCCCCUGUUCACCCGCCUUCUCAUGGAGGCCGCCGAGACCACGCUGACGUUCGACUCCUUCGUCAUCCCCAUGCUCUGCCCACCUAUCCCCUGGGUGUCCACGCAGUUCGGCACCUACGUCUUCGCCCCGACCAAGCUCAUGCGCUACGUGGAAGGGGCGACGCAGCACCAGCUCCUCCUCGACCGCUCCCCGCGCAGCAGCCUCUACCCCGUCAUGGAUGCCCUGAACCAGCUGGGCAACUGCCCCUGGAAAGUCAACCGAGCCGUCUUGGACGUGGUCAUCUCCGUCUUCAACGACAAGGGCAACGAGAAGCUGGACGUCCCUCCGCCGCCCUCGGAGGCCCCCCAGCCCGCCACGCACUUCCCCGGCGGGGCCGCCCCGAGCAAGGUCGCCCUCCGGCGGGAGGCGGCGCGGUGCCGCAAGAAGGCCACGGAAAUGCACAGCCUCCGCAUGGACGCUCUCUACAAGCUCUCCAUCGCCAAGCACAUGAGCGGCCGGGUCUUCUGGUUCCCGCACAACAUGGACUUCCGAGGGAGGACCUACCCUUGCCCUCCCCACUUCAACCACCUCGGCAGCGACCUCACGAGAGCCAUCCUGCUGUUCGCCGAGGGGAGGCCUCUGGGCCCGCAUGGCCUUGACUGGCUAAAGGUCCACCUUGUGAACCUCACGGGGCUGAAGAAGAAGGAGAGCCUGCGGGGCAGGCUGGCCUACGCCAACGAAAUCAUGGAGGACGUCUUGGAUUCGGCGGACCGCCCCCUGACGGGCCGGAAGUGGUGGAUGAGCACGGACGAGCCGUGGCAGGCUUUGGCUUGUUGCAUGGAGAUCGCCAAGGCCGCCAGAGCCCCGAAUCCUGCCGAGUACGUCUCCCAUUUCCCUGUCCACCAGGACGGCUCCUGCAACGGGCUGCAGCACUACGCGGCGCUCGGGCGGGACGUGGUGGGCGCCACCUCGGUGAACCUUUCCCCUUGCAACGUUCCGCAGGAUGUCUACAGCGGAGUGGCUCAGCAGGUGGAAGUGUACCGGAAGCGGGACGCCGAGCAAGGCGUGAAAAUCGCCCAGGUCCUGGAUGGUUUCAUCGGCCGCAAAGUGGUGAAACAGACGGUGAUGACGGUUGUGUACGGGGUCACCCGCUACGGAGGGCGUCUCCAAAUCGAGAAGCGCCUCAAGGAGAUCGACGAAUUCCCCCAGGAAUACGUUUGGGAAGCCUCCCAUUACCUCGUGCAGCAGGUCUUCAACAGCCUCAAGGAGAUGUUCUCAGGAACUCGAGAAAUCCAGGGCUGGCUGACCGAAAGCGCCCGGUGCAUUGCCAAGUCUGGCCGGACGGUGGAGUGGGUGACCCCGCUGGGGCUGCCCAUCGUCCAGCCGUACCAUCGUUCGAAGACCACGCUGGUUAACAGCACCAUGCAGUCGGUCUAUCUCAAGUCGCGACACGACGUCACCCAGAAGCCCGACACGGUGAAGCAGAAAAACGCUUUCCCUCCGAACUUCAUCCAUUCCCUGGACUCCACACACAUGAUGCUGACAGCUUUGCACUGUCACAGGGAGGGGCUGACGUUUGUCUCUGUGCACGAUUGCUACUGGACUCACGCGCUCACAGUCGACGUCAUGAAUCGGGUGUGCCGCGAACAAUUUGUGCAGCUCCACAACCACCCCAUCCUAGAGGAACUCUCCCAGUUCAUGCUGCAGAAAUACUGUUCCUACGUCCCGGUUGAGUGGAAGGAUAAGAAAGCGAAUGAGUACCAGAGGCUGGUUCAGCUUCUGUCCAGCAUCCCUAAGAAAGGCGACUUCGACCUGGAGAAGGUGAAAGAAUCUACCUACUUCUUCAGCUGACCAAGGAAGGCGUGUCGGAAGCUGUUCCCGGGGAGGGGACCCUGCCUCCGCCGCCCCGUAAUCCGGCUCGGAACGGGCUCUGCUACCUCCAGAGUGGAAAAAAACGGCGGGGAGGAAGUUCUUGCCCCGUGCGAAACCGAAGCAUAUUCGGUCUCUCUGCCCUGAGCCUGCACCAGGUUUCGUUUCCCUCUUUUCCACCCCAGAACUCUGCCUCCGUACGCCCACUGU